AAUUGGGAAGGUCUCGCAAUCGAGACUUACACGAGAGUUAACAGAAGAGCGAAAUGUAAAAAAGAUUUCAAGUUGGAAAGAAUAAAAAGGCUUUAUGUCAGGACAAGGAAAAGAGCAGCAAUCUGCUUUUGACAAAUCUGCCGAGACAGUAAGUCAGCAGAAAAGGGAUAUGCAAGAAAGGAUUAAGAGAAGAAAAGUGCAAAGAGAGGUAGAACUUGCCCACAGUGCUUAUAUAACAAAUUCAGUGGCAAAUAACCCAGAACUGGUACAAGCGAGGACAGAUGUUCAAACUUGGCUCUCAAAUUCAGCUGGAAUGGCAAAGAAGAUGAAAGAAAUAACUCGCAGGCAAGUGGAAGAACAAAGACAUAUCCCACCUCCAGUUUAUGAUGAAGUAAGACCCACCACAAGUAGCUUUGAGCCUUCAACUCCUGGUACAAUCACUUUUGAAGACAAUGAAGAGCAGGGACAAACACCAAAAAACUCUAGCAUAACAAUGUCCACAUUUUUAAGGGACAAUGACCAGACUCGCCUUAGGCUUAUAGAAGAAGGUGAUGUUUCUGAUGGAGAAGAUGAAGCUCUUAAACUUGCAAUAAAACUUUCAUUAAAAGCACAUAAGGAAACAGCUUCCAGAGAUGGAAAAAACCCUGUAACUGAAACAGUAUCACAAACCUCUAUUUCUAAUGCCAUAGAAUGCAUAAACCUUGAUGACUCCACUGACAAUCCUACUCCCACAGAAAGUUUGGAAUGCCCUGUUAUUGACUGUGAGAUGACCUUUGCCAAUUAUUCAAGUCCUCAGAAUGAGUUUUCACAUCAUAUGCAACAGUUUCAACAUGUUGCUUUUAAGACUUUCAUGAACUUCACACCUAAACGUUCACAUUAUAUGUGCCCAGAAUGUGGUGUUUUAUUUAAGAGGUGCAGAAAUUGUCUAGAGCACAUGAAGACUGUGGGCCACACACUGUACACUGCUCCAGUUCUUGUGCUGGGAUAUGGCUGUCCUCAGUGCUUUGAGAUAUUCCAAAGCUCUGAGCUAUGCAAAGACCACAUAGAAACCAUGAAUCAUCAGGAGCAUUACUAUGCUUUUCAAGAUGACAUAUCCCCAUCUGCUGACCCCUUUCCCUACCCAGCUUAUGUAUACAUGUGUAUGCAGGAUAAGGUGGCUCAGGUUCGCACCAGAGUUCACUGUGUAGACUGUGGGAAAGAAGUCAAUAGUGACAAAGAGUUUAGAAAGAGUAUUUCUGAAUGCCCCACUGGGAAAUGUAUUGCAUCUUCGGAGACUACCUUGGCAGAAUUAUUCUCCACAUUUUUGAAGGGGUCUACCUGCAGUUUCUGCCAGCGUUAUUUGAUCCAGAGGAUGGUGUAUCACAUGAGUGCCAUCCUGAGAAACCAGGAAAUGUUAUAGAUGCCAACUGUUCAUCUUUCACCGA